UUGAAUAGAGUGGGUCAGUGGGUGACUGGGUGUAGCUGUCCUGUUCAGCCUUGGCCUCUCCUCGUUCAUAUCGCCAUCGGUUUUCACACUAGACACUACCUUCCCCCUCCCCUUUCCUCUGUUUUCACCGCCCUCAAAUCCCUACAAAUCUCCUCCGCCAUUCCCAAAUCCCAAUUUCCAUCCAAAAUGGCGUCUUUCUCUGUUCCUUGCCCCAAGACUUCAGCUUUACUUGCACCUCACUCCAACCCUAAGCAAAUCCCCAACCACCGCAACACCUCCAUUGUUCUCUUCCAAUCCGAUUUCAAAAUCAAACCCAACCGCGCUUUGGUUUCACGAUCACCGUCUCUAGGAUUUCAGGCAACUAAGAGGAACCAGAAUGGUGUUAUGAAAGUGUCUGCUCAGCUUAAUGAGAUUUCUGUUGGGGAAUCAUCAAAUUCUGCACCACCACCAUCAGAUGAAAAGUCGAGCAAAAUAUCUUCUUCUGAAACUGCAGUUCCUGAUGUUGCAUCCAUCACCGCAUUCAUGAACCAAGUUGCGGGACUUGUUGAGCUAGUGGAUUCGAGAGAUAUAAUGGAGUUGCAGCUAAAACAAGAUGAUCGUGAGGUGAUUAUAAGAAAAAAAGAAGCUUUAGCCCCACCUCCUGCACCUCCUAUGAUGAUGAUGCAAUCAUCACAACAACCACAGCCUAUGUAUCAUUCACAACCACCACCACCGCCACAAGCCGCCACUCCGGCUCCUUCCGCAUCACCGCCAGCAUUACCUCCCCCUGCAAAGCCAAAAUCCUCACGUCCUCCUCUCAAAUCCCCCAUGGCUGGAACAUUCUAUCGCGCCCCUGCACCAGGAGCUCCUGCUUUUGUUAAGGUGGGAGACAAGGUUCAGAAAGGUCAAGUAAUAUGCAUUAUUGAAGCAAUGAAGUUGAUGAAUGAGAUCGAGGCUGAUCAAUCGGGAACAGUAGUUGAUAUUAUUGCUGAGGAUGGGAAACCAGUUAGCCUGGAUACGCCUUUACUUGUUAUUGAACCUUGAGGUGGAAGUGGAACAUUAUAUGAUUAUGAAGCUGUGUGAUGUGGCAAAAUGGAAAUUAGAGUUUGUGUUUGUUUUUUGAGGAGAGGACGUUGGUAGUUGUUGUUACAAAUUGGUUUGGUUUUGUAAGCCCAAAUAUUAAAAUAACACAUCACUUACUUGUAAGAAAAAGAUGCUUGCUUUUAAGUAAUUGUGUUGUGUCUAUCA